UUCAAAUCCCGCAGGCUCACUACAGUUAAAAAUGGCUUCUUCAAAAUCUGAGGAAUUCACAGACUUUGAUGGCCAUCAGGUUCGAAAAUAUAACUUCCCUUUGGAYAAAAUUCCUAGAUUACACUAUGAGGAUCCUAAAGCUCAAGAUCUGAUCAAGAAUGAGAUGCCAGUCAUCCUCACAGGUUCAGGAAUCGUUGGCACAGCCAUGAAAUGGAAUCUUGAUUAUUUGAAAGAACACAUUGGAAAAGGGGAAUUYUCUGUCUUUGCAUCAGACACAUAUAAAUUUAUAUACUUUGAUGAAAAACGAGCUCAAAGUUGGAAAAACUUUGUCCCUCCAAACUUAAGACUAAGUAUGAAAUUUGAAGAAUUCUAUCACAGAAUAAAGAACUUCAACGCAAAYGAAAAUGAAUCUGGUCCAAAAAUAUACCUUCAACAAAUGCUGAACGAUCAGGUCGGAAGACAAAUUGUYGUAGAUUUCCUUGGCUUUAAAUGGGAAUGGUUAAAUGAAAGGAGAAAGGAAAUGGGUUGGGGACCAUUGACGUCAAAUCUGUUACUCAUUGGUCUCCCCGGCAAUAUAACUCCAACGCACUAUGAUGAACAACAGAACUUUUUCUGCCAAGUAACUGGGUACAAGAGAAUAAUCCUCUUCCACCCGGACAAGGUCAAGUGUCUGUAUCCAUACCCUGUUUAUCAUCCCUGUGAUAGGCAAAGUCAGGUGGAUUUUGAUAACCCAGAUCUUAAAAGAUUUCCCAACUUCAGAAAUAUAAGUGGAACAGAAGCAAUGGUUGGGCCAGGAGAGGUGCUCUAUAUUCCAAUGUACUGGUGGCAUUAUGUUGAAUCAGCAAAGAACAGUGAAAUAACAACAUCGGUGAAUUUUUGGUACAAGGCAGGACAGACACCCAGUGAUAUCAAGUACCCACUGUCGGCACAACAAAAGAUGGCAAUCAUGAGAAACAUCGAAAGGAUGCUAGGAGAGGCACUUGGUAGUCAUACUGAGGUUGGUCCUUUGUUGCGCACUAUGGUUUAUGGACGAUAUGAGGGUGACGAAGGCCAAGAUGACAAUGAAGACAGCAGCCAAUCAUAGCACUUGAAGCAAUUUGAAUUUAAUAACACUGAGUUGAUCUGUCAGAAACAUUCUGGUAUUGUAUACCCGAACAUUUAUUCUUUCUAACCUCCAUCUUCAAACAACUUACCAAUGCAUUUUAUCAAUAUCCUGAAAUAACCUUUUGGCUGAUCUAAGUCAGGGCAUGGCUAACUCACAGAUUGAA